CGGUGUCCGUGGCAACAGCACAGGAAGUGGCGCGCAACUGUUGAAAAACUGUCACUGAACAAACGGAAGAAGAGAUUUUGAUACUAUUCAACUUCGACAACCUCGAAGCUGUGGUGCCAAAGUUACAUACAACUUGAGGCGCUCUUCUUAUGUAACUUAACUAAGUGUGGCUUCGUAACGGAAAACAUGUCGUUUGUGAGAGUGGGGCGUCCACAACAACACACCAAAGGAAAAAGGCCUGUUCGACCCAAGAAGGCAGCAGCUCCCAAAAGAGAGUGGGUGAGCACUGUCAGUGACCUGUCUGUUCACAAGCUGACACCUGCAGAGCUGAGCCAUCGGCAUGAGAUUCACAAGUCCCACAACAAGGCUGCGGCUCAGUGGGAGCUGAGAGAGAAAACCUUAAAACGGCGUUUCAGGCACACUGGGAGCCCUGCACCUCUAGACCACGCCAGCCUCAGCAUCAUCAGGGAGGUGUUCUCUGACCAGCUGCUGCUGCAGGAUGUGCUGGCUCGCUCUGACAGAGCCAUGGCUGUGGUCAAAGACUUGUUUGGAGAUGCGCCACACAGGCAGACUGGGCACCCCAGUGUGACAAUGGCUCCAAACUGUGACUCUGUCUCAGCGCUGCCUGUGCUCCAGAGACCAGAUCCUCCAACUCAGCUGUCACUGCUCAGCCAGUCUAUGAUGGACCAACAGGCUCUUAAUGAAGUAGAGGCUUCAGAGGAAGACUACAUUGAUGAAGAUACCUGUCCUACUGGCAAUUCAGACUAUCAUGUAAUCAAAAGGGCCAAUGUACGAAAAAUGAAGGCACAGUCUCGGAGAAGAAUGAUACUGCAUCGUCCCAACUGUGACCCGGCAGAAAGAGAUUAUGUUCCUGUAACCCCCUGCACAUCCGGCAGUGCACCAGUCCAAACAGCUCUCAAUGCCACCAUGGCUGUUCAGCGUGUUCGGUCCAGACAAAGCCAGUCAGAGGAAGGCAAGGAGGAACCGUCGGUCCUGGUUUCUCAGGUCCUGAACCCUGAGCUGCCUCUCAACACGUCAGGCAGGAUCAGUAGUCGUACCAGCAGGACUAGGAAGUGUAUUUCUCAGAGUUCGGAGCUGAAUGGCUCCUCUGUUACCUCUCUCAGUGGGGACCAGUCCAGUCUGGGCCUGCUGCAAGCCAUGUUGGGUCAGGUGGAGACAGACUUGGAUACUCUGAGUCCUGACACUGAACCAGCUUCAGCACAGAGUCAAAAACAGCACAAAACACAAGGCCUCACUGGAUUCUCUGUCGCCUUGGUCUCCAUUCUGGGACGUUUAGUGCACCUCCUCAAACAGAGGGAGGAGGAAGCUCAGAAUGAGGCUCAGGAGAGGAGAAGACUGGAGGAGGAGUUGAGAGAGCAGCAUGGGCUGAUUGAUGCUCUCACUGCUGAGACGAUGACUCUGCGAGAAGAGGCCGCCGCCCUGCAGGCCGGGUUGCAGCAGCAGACAGCAGAGCUGGAGCAGAAGUUGGACACAGUGGUGUUGGUGAUGGGGGGUCUUGGACUCCUGGAGGCACACGUGGACCCACCUCAAGACUCUGAUGUCAAAGCUGCAGUUUGUCAGUCUGCACCCGUUGCUGAGCGAGAUCCUCAACCACUACAAGCCUCUGUUUCUCCUGCUGUCUUGCUCUCUCCCCCUCGACAGAGAGACAACUGGCAACAAAUUCCUGCGACUCAUCCUGUCCAGCUGCACCAGGAGCUUCCUCCUGUAGAUAUCCUGCGUUCCUGUGAGGACGUCCAGGCCCACAGCUCAGCCUCCAGCCUCACCAGCCUGCCCUCCACUUCCUCAUUAUCACUGACCUCUGACCCUCUCAGCUCACAGCUCUCUCCGGAGGCCAUGCUGGCUGAGAUCGUUCAGCUGAGCAGACAGAACGACCUGAUCAAGGCCCAGCUUAGCCAGGCUAAGGGCCUAGGGUCAGGGGUCGGAGGAUCGCCUAACAGUAGCAAGGAGGAGGGAAGGUUGAGCUCCAGCAGCACAGGAAGAUUCACACCCCAAAGUGUUGGAGAGAGGAGAGAGUCAGUUUCCAGCAGCUCAGGGAGAAGGAGUCUGCAUGUCCAGGCUGCUGAAGGAGAGCGACUGACUAAUCAGGCAACAUCACCCAACACACUCUGUGUGAGUAGUGUGGAACAGCGCCUCCUGGAGCUAAACAGACAAAGUGCAGCAGCUAGGGGUCGACUGCUGGAGCUCAUUGAGCAACAGAAGCAAAAUGUUUCAGCCAAAGUUUCUCCCUCUGAUUCCCCCAUCCCUCCUGCCUUCAGCCCACAUUCAGCAGCUGGAGGAGGAAAUCCAGAGCUGCUGCCUGCAGAGGAGCUCCUGUCACAGACUGGUGGUGAGAGACGAUAUGCUGGUUCUGAAGUGUCUUCUCACAGUCUUGGAGAAGAAACAAGGGGGGGCAAAACACAGAUGGAGAAACGGAGAGAGCGAGAGGGGUGGUUUGCUUUGUCUGCUCAUGUGAGAUGACAAGAAGAGGAGUAAACCUGGGGAUAUUUAAAACCUGUGGUUUUAGUAUUUUAUCUAUGUAUUUUUAAAUGACUGAAUUAAAUGUUGAACUUUUAAAAUUAA